CUUUAGACAAGGUUUGUUUGCUUUGUGCAGGGAAACUCUUUGUUCCACACUUUUAACAGGUAUGAGGAAAGGUAGUGAAGCGAAGUGUAAAACAGUUCCUGGUUACAAUAAUUACACACGGGGGAGUGAAAAUAUUAUGUCAACAUCAUUGCUUACUAAUGUAAAUGUAAGAGCGGAACAGAUAUCUCUUGCUCAUCUUGCCAGGAACCAGCAACUGCAAAGAAGUGGCUCCAUUGAGAAGGCAGAUCUCACAGUGACAAGGCUGCAGUUAUCCCAAGCUUCAGAAAUCCAAAUGUCAAGUGUCCAUGCAGCAGGAGGAACCAGAACUUUUGAAGUAGGUCAUCUCCUAAGUACGUGAUUUUCAGCAUAGCUGGAUCUUGAAGCAAAUAAAGAAUGAAGAAAGGAUUUUAUUUUACUGGAUGGGAUGUUAAUCAUGAAUCACACAGUUCAGGUGAUUGGAUCUUUGGUGAAAAAGCUCUAAACUGUUCAUUGCUUUCAAAGCAGAGAUGCCCCUGUCUGGAUAAACACAAUAUUGUCAUCUCGCCUCAUUUGUUGAAUCGUACCUCACCAUUGGGUAACAAAUUGGUACUCCCUUCAGAAGUGCAGAACGUGAAAGAUCAGCAGAUAGUGAAAGGCAUCUCAGUGCAGUCAUCGUGUUGUAAAAAUUCAGUCACUCAAAGUAAGACGCAGCCCCCAAAUACAGGGAAAAUCGGAAGCAGUGAAAAACUGUUCAUCCAUACCGGACGUAUGACUUUCAAAGAAGAUGAUGGCCAAACCAAAAGGAUCACAUCUUGCAACCCCACAAGAGUAAAGCACCUGAUAACUUUGACACGAGGAAGCUUAUCAGAGCAGCCAUUUGCUCAGCAAGAGAGAACAACAUCUGUUUUUAGGGAAACUGAAAACCCUGUAAGAUUGUACCAGACAGCCUGCUCGGAUUAUAAACUGGAAAUAUUCCAGUCAAUACAUCCGAAACAAAGGUGUUCCACUUCAUGCAGUAAGAUGCAAAAUAGUCAGAAGGAAAGGCUCUCGGCAGACAGACUGAUUUUCCAACCAACCUCGACAAGCCCAUUAUCGGAUGGAGAAGCCAACGUAUCAGACUGUAACACAGUUGAAUGUAUUCACAUUGAUCUUCAAAGCAAUGGCACUGAAAUAUUAGCCUCUGAAAAUGAUUUGGUCAGUACUCCUGGAAUGCAGAGCCCUGAUGAUUUUAGUCUACCAAGUUCUGAUGACGUGUCAUCACAAGAUUGUUUAUCUAUGUGCUGUACGUCUGAAGCAGAAACAUCAGAACCAGUUCAUCAUCUACAGAAACUGAGGAGAAACAGCCAAACUACAAACUAUUAUAACUUGACCAAAAUUUCAAUGAUAAAAGACCAAAGAGAAUCAAACAAUUGCUCAUUGCUCAAGCCUAGCAAUGAGAAAGCGAGACCUCAAUCACAGGUAUCAAAUGGCUGGCCUGCGUUUCAUCCAAAGCCCCUGAGAGUUCCGUCCUAUAGCAACAGAUAUGUAAAGGAUGCCAAGAACAAUAAAAUGUGCCAGCCACUUAGAAAACCUCUAGAUGCUGAAAUGCAAGUGACCGAGGGGCAUAUUGCAGUCUGCCAUCUUCUUCAUGUGCUGAAAGAGGGGCUUGGAAACACCUGCGUGCAGAAGAGGGGCGAACAAAGCAAAUGGAAUGUUCCAAAGAUCAAGAAACACCAAGCUAAAACUCUCCCUUCAAGAAGACCAAUCACGUGUCACAACGUCUACAAUCAGGUUAUUGCAAAGUUGUGGUUAACAAAGCGAACGAACACACAAAGAAGUUUAUGAGAUUUUGCAGCGUUUGAUGUUUGACAUCUUCACGGUUUGCUUCUUUACUUUUAUGACUCUGAGAGUAUGGAAUCGACGAGAGGCUUACACGUUGACGCAUGAAAAAUAAACAUUUUGGAUUUAUGUAUAGAGCAUGGGUGUCGAACUCCAGUCCUGGAGGGCCGCAGUGGCUGCGGGUUUUCAUUCUAACCAUCUUCUUCAUUAGUGACCAGUUUUUGCUGCUGAUUAACUUCUCUUGCUUUAGUUUUUAUUAACUUGACUCAGGCCCCUUAGUUGUCUCUUUUUUUAAUUAGCAGCCAAACGAUAAUGAGACACAAAACGAGCCGCCACAUGACCAGCU